UCGCUUUAUCUCCACCCUUUUUUUUCUUUUUCUUUCCGCACACUACGCCUGCAUGUUCUCUUGACAACUCCUAUAAGCUAAAGAACAAACAAGUAACGACUCUACAGAUGUGGUGGGAUCUUUGGAUUGUCUCAGAUGAAAUAAUUCACUUUUAAUAAAAGUGAUGAUGGCAAGCACUUCUGGCAGCAGCACUGUAACAGUUUUGAUUCUUUUCUUCAUCCUGGUCCUGCUUCUUAUUGUCCUGUUUUACCUCUACAAGCGAUUGAACCAUGAAACAAAGGAUCAAUAUACUAUCCAGCGCCUUAUCUUCAGUGAGGGAGGUCUUCGUGAUCGUGUGAUGCAAGGCAUUGCAGUGGUGGAGGCCAGGAUAGACAACAUGAGGUCUCAAGCCCACGAUGAAGAGCAAGCUUUAAGCAGUAAUGAAGAUGGCGGCGUAGACAAAGAAGAAGGAGAAGACAAUGCAGGGCAAGGCCACAGUGAAAAUGAGAAAACAGACGAGAAGGCAGAGGAAGAUGACAAUGAUUCAUCGGAUGAUUAUUCCAGCAUUGACCUAAAGGAGAGGGUAAAGCUGAAUAACACCAAGGAAGAGAAAAAGAAAGAAAAUGAACAAGAGGAAGAAAAGGUGGCAAAAGAUGGAGCAAAUGGAGACGGCUCUAAACCAGUCGAGGAUGAUGUGAAGAAUGAAGAAAAAGUUGGCUUACUUGUAGAUUUGAAGACAUUUUCUGGCAGUGCCAUUUGGUCUGAGGAGAAAAAGGAAGAGCGUAAUGUAACAGCUUUGUGAAGUAUAGAAAUCUUAAGCCUAAAUAUGAAGCUUGUGAAGA